AUGAGGGUGUCUCUGACGGCACUUGUCUUUGUUCUGGUCUCGCAAAAUGCAAUCGCAGCACCGGUGCCGCUGUAUGAGGCUGGGAUGCAACCCAAGGAAGGUCCUUACCAGAGAGAAAGCAAUGGCAGCCACUCUACAGGCACUGGUGCCCGCGGUCAAGGUCGCCAGAACAAGACAUCACAUCAGGCAAAUUUGAUAGAGAGCCACUCUCCCUCUGACACCGGAAAAUCUCACCUGCUGAUCAAUUUUGAACGAAGUGAAUUAUACACUGAAGGCACUGAGGCUCUGCAGCGACGCGUCAACCCUCUGCUCUAUGUUGGUAAGCUUGUCAACAAGCAUCCCUACGUGGUCUAUGGUACCCUAGGCUCCCUCAUAACGGCUGCCGCUGGCCUCACGUUUGGAUCAAGUGUAUUUGAGCCGAAGAACAAACACAAAUGCGAAAAAGGCGCUGCCGCAACCCCUGCUUGUUUUCCUCUCCUGGGCCCUGCGCCUGCGCCUGCACCCAGUAAGGUGCCUCCGCCACGCAAGCGUGCGGAAGGGAGUACGAUAUUGCUACUUCGGGCUGACCAGACCGACAAAGCUCGUCGUGAUAGCAGACGCACACACUUGCUCACUGAGCUGGAACGAAGGGACAACGACGUCGAUCCUAUCGAGAGUCUGCCGUUGCGGCCCCGCGUCAAUCCUGUACUCUACGUUGGUCAAAUGGUCAAUAAGCAUCCCAUGGUAGUGUACGGUACGUUGGGAAGCCUUUUUACGACUCUCGCUGGCCUCAGAUUCGGGUUGAGUAUAGCCGAGGAGAAGGAAAGACAAAAGAGGGAGAAAGCAGCAGCAGCCGCUGCUGCAGCUUCUCGUCAUCACCAUGGUCCCGCACCUGCGCCCGCACCCGCACCCGCUCCUGCUCCAAAAGACGCACCUGCCCCCCACAAGGGUACGGAUGACAGCACAACACUGCUCAGUCGCAGUGAUGCAAAGGCAGAAGACCGUGGAAAUAUGGAAGAGGCCACCCGCGUACUGAAUGAGCUUGAUGGGAGGGACGAGUACAUCGACCCUACCGAGAAUCUGCACAGACGCGCCAAUCCACUCAUCUACAUUGUCCAGACUGCUCAAAAGCACCCUAACGCGGUCUUCGGAGGCUUGUCUGCUCUCAUCACGGCUGGUAGUGGCUACACCAUCUAUCGGGCCAUAGCUGAAGCACACGCCAGGAAGAAGAGGCAGAAAGCGGCUGCAGCUCCUGCGCCUGCGCCAGCUCCCUCGCCGGUCAAACUCGCAGAGGACGCACCAUCUUUGGCCCCUCGUUCUUUGGAAUCCGAGGAUGACGACGGUGACGAUGAGUUACAGGAAGCUCGUUGGUCACCCAAGAUAUGGCAUUACGUUGUCGGAGGGCUUGGAAUUGCCGGCGUGGGCUUCAUGGCGCAGCAGCUCUUGAAAAAAUACCUCAGGGAUCAGAAAAAGGCAAAUCAAGAGAUCGAGGCGGCGCGGAAGAAGCAGCCACCGCCGGUUCAACAGAACCCACAGCCUGUCCGAGACCCGGAAGAGCAGCACUUACCACCCGGCUUCAACAGGCCCGGACGGCAGAACAGGCGCGGCCUUGAAGAGGCAAGCGAGAAUGGAGCCUGGGACCGCUCUGGCAGUGCUGAGAAGAAGCGGUCUCCGUCAGCUUUCGAGCGAAGAGCGUGGGCUUACGACGAUGACACGUACGAUGUCUUGCCUCGGAUCAACCCGUACGCCAAAUUGGGCCUGGCGCUCGGCGGAGGGGUUGCGGCCUUGGGAGGCGGAUGGGGGCUGUACCGAGAGGCAAGGUCUCGUCAAAAGGCCAAGCCUCUGCCCACGCCGGACGAAGACCUGCAGCAAAGCUCCGUACAUCCACGCCGCAAGCUUUAUCCGGCAGAGCAAGAGCGUAGCUCUGAGUCACGGGGAGGCAAGGUCAACAUAGUGACGACCAAAGAGGCAGGUGAUGAAGUCUAUCUCGAGGGUCGCUUCACCCCAACACACCGGGCAGCUGCGAGAGUGAUGAACGACAACAUCAGUACGAGGACAAAAUUCGGCUAUGCCGUAGGCGCAGCUGGUACUGCCGGACUCGGUCUGGUCUUAUGGAAGCUCAUUGAGGGUAUGAAGAAGAAGAAGAAGCAGGAAGAGCAGAACUGGAGUCCCGGAGACCCACAGUCUGGACCGGUGCCAGGAUCACCCUCUUCCCCAGCUCCAGCUCCUGGUCCAGCACCAUCACCUGCGCCAACGCUAUCCCCUCGCGACGAGGGUGAAGUCUUGAACGUGAGACUUAGCAGGUCUCAUUGGCGUGCACUUGGGGAGCUCAAUCAGCGUUUCUCUACAAAGGACAGGCUCCAACUAGGCGGCUCUGCAUUGGCGACUGGUGGAUUGGGCAUAUUGGGCUGGCAGAUCCAUAAGAAAGCCAACGAGAGCAAGAAGCAAGGUGCAGAGGAGCAGGGCAAAGCCAUUCCGCCGGCACCAGCUUCUGCCCCAGCUCCUGACCUUGGCCCAACUCCCCCAUCAACGACGCUGCCCCCUCGCGCCUACGUAGCGCCCAAAGAAUCCCAGCUGCAAAUGCCUUUGUCGCUUACGAUGACCAAGCGUUCGAUUCCUGAAGAAGAGCCCACCGACGAAGUCCUGGAUGCAAGGCUCACCAGGUCGCACAGGGAUACGCUCCAGAUCUUCAAUGAUCGUCUCUCCACCAAGCACAAGGUCGUGAUGGGCGGCUCGGGUCUGGCGACGGCGGGCUUGGGCGUCCUAGCAUGGCUCAUCCACAAGAAAAGCCAAGAAGGUAAGAAGCAGGAAGGGGAAGGGCAGCCAGAAGCGUUUGCGCCUACGCCUGGAUCCUCACCUGCCCCCGCCCCCGCUCCAGCUCCUGGCUCGACAGAGCUGCCCCCUCGAGACCUGAUUGCGCUCGACGUGAACCAGUCUGAGGCUCCUGUAUUCUCCUGA